AGUGAUUUCUUUGCUGGCAAAGCUUUCGAGUGGCUGGCGGCAAUAUCCUGAAGAGAGAAACAUCGUUGUCCGACAUGGAACUUCUUCUGUACAGUUAGAACAAUACAGAGUCAAUGACCAGCUUCAUCUGAUUUGGACAGUGGAUAUAAUCGAGGAAAACUCAAACCACACACAAAUUCUCAAGGUGUGGGAUGUUUUACCAUUACCUGAUUUACCAAAACUAGCAAGGCAUCUCGAUGAUGUCUUUGGGAAUUAUACAGUUGAUAAGAUGAAUCGCUGCAAGCACAGAUGUAUAGAAGGGAAUUUGGUUGUUCCAAUGAGAUGGCCAAUGGAUUUCGUUGGUGCUGCCGCGCGUAGCAUCCCUGAAAUUGAUCAUGUAAAACUUCCGUCACAACCUUUGUCUUCACUUCUGGUGCGGACACCACAAGUGAAGACACAAGGUCCAUACCGCAGAUUAUCCGAAUAUAUAGAAAAAGACGACAAAAGAAAUCUCCGCAUAUCACUUUUUGGAUGGGAGCUCAUAUGCGUCUAUUUCAUUGUUUUUAUUUUGAUUAUUUGUGUUAUUCGGUUUGAAUUAAUGGAAUGAGCAUAAUAAUUGGAUGUUUUA